CGGAAAGUGCGCGUGAGAACUACUUUAAUCUGGAGGCUGAAAGGAGCUCAAUGUCUCUCAGUGACCGGAUUGUUAGUGAAUCCUGAUAUUUUUGAGAAAUGCUCUUAUACGCGCCUCGCCACAGAUAGACUCCAGUGGACUCCAGCUCUUACCCUCUCACCAUGACCCUCUUCAACUCUUUAUUCGCCCUCGUCCUCAUCAGCAGGAUUCUGGAAAACUCUCUGCUCAGUGCGGAGGUGAAAGAAGGAGAGAUUCUUCCUCCAACCAUUCAGAAGCUGAUGAAGGGAUACAACAAAUACCUCAGGCCAUUUUUUGACAAUGGUCCCGUUACAGUAGGCAUGAGUUUGGACAUCGCCAGCAUCGAUACAAUAUCAGAAAUCAACAUGGACUACACAGCUACGAUCUUCCUGCGGCAGCGCUGGACAGAUGAGAGGCUGGUGUUUGAAGGCAAUAAGAGUUUGAGUCUGGACGGGCGGCUCGUUGAACUGCUGUGGGUUCCAGACACCUUCAUCGUGGACUCUAAGAAGUCCUUCCUCCAUGACAUCACAGUAGAGAACCGACUGAUCCGGAUCUUUCCCAACGGAACGGUUCUGUAUGCACUCCGAAUCACGACAACCGUCGCCUGUAAUAUGGAUCUCACCAAAUACCCCAUGGACAAACAGAUGUGCACGCUGCAACUGGAGAGCUGGGGUUAUAACAUCAAUGACGUGAUGUUUUACUGGGCUCGUGGGAACGAGUCUGUGAGUGGGUUGGACACUCUUCGACUGGCCCAGUACACCGUAGAGGACCACUACACCUCUGCUUCUGAAGCCGUCUAUGAGACAGGAAAUUAUCCCAAGCUGAUCUUCCAUUUCGAGUUAAAAAGGAGCAUCCUGUACUUCAUUCUGGAAACGUAUGUGCCCUCCAGCCUGCUGGUGGUUCUGUCCUGGGUCUCUUUCUGGAUCAGCCAAUCAUCAGUACCUGCACGUAUUUGCAUUGGAGUGACGACUGUCCUGACUAUGACCACACUGAUGAUGGGUGCCAGGACAUCUUUGCCCAAUGCCAACUGCUUCAUUAAAGCCAUAGACGUGUAUCUUGGCAUCUGCUUUAGUUUUAUUUUUGGAGCUCUGAUCGAGUAUGCAGUGGCUCACUUCUGCACUCUACAUCAUCCUGACUGCAGCCACGCACUGAUGUAUGGUCAUCACAUGCACGACUGUGAGGAGGAAAUGAACGGUAUCAUCACCACCAUCGCCAGAAAUUCAUCUCGGGUAAAGCGACGUAAAGACCCUCUAGCCCGAGUGACCUCGCCAACCGCUGCUGGAGAGCCUGGUCUCAUGCCCUCCAGCCCGGCCACCAGUGAUGACAUCACACCUGAGGUCAAAGAGGAGACCUUUAACCGCUGUGCCAAAAAUAUGUCCAUUUUCCGAAAGUUUCUGAGAUCUGCCAACUGCUGUCAUGUGAAAAACCCACAUUACAUAGACAACUACUCGCGGUUAACCUUCCCUCUCUCCUUCAUCUUUGUGAACAUGCUCUACUGGACCUACUACCUGUACUUUUAACCAGAUGAUAAUGCUAAACUCCACUUUAUGUGCAAUGAUUUCUGUUUGUUAGUAUGACUGUGUGUGUGUGUUUCAGUGGAGGUUGGAAAAUUUGUAUUGUCAGUGAGUAUCUUUUAUGUGUAUGUUUAUGUGAAUAUCAUUGGCUGCGAGUCGUUGGUGGAUGACAACCAGAUAUCUCGACCCGUCUGGACUGAAUUGUAAUGGAAACAUGCCAGUAUUAUGCAGUAUUAUAUUAUAGAAAAAGGGCCUAACAUAUCGACAUUUUCAACAGACCGAUUGCUCUCCUUCAGUACAUCACUGUCUGCAUUCUUUCACGUGUGUACGUCUUUUACCACUGUUAAACUCUCUGACUGUAAUAUGUCUUCCUCUCCAUGUUUUUUGCUUCCAUAUAUUCUGUGGCAUCAGCUCCUAACCCUGUGAUUACACUAGUCUGGGCUCAGACGUGUACAAUCA